AUGGAAGGAAGAGAUCGCAACGCGCAAGGGGUAUCAACGCAGUCAUACAAGUUGACCCAAGUCGCAGGCGAAGCAGUUUUGGGCCUUUACACUCGAGAAAGGUUGGGCGCAGAGGAGGACCUUGCCGAGGCAGAACGCAUUCCACCGCGGCCGCGCGCCGCUAGCGAGGAACGACGCGUCGCGCCGAUACCAGUCGAUGCCGCUGCACGACCGGUCAUGCAAGAUUACAUCCCAGGACCCGAGCCUCCUCCGGACCACGCGUCGGACGACGAAGAGGAGGGCGCCGAUCGCAGAGCGGCCCUGCGGAUUGAACCCACGGCGUAUUUAAACUGGCAGGGCAGACACAACGAGGCGGUGGGCUGCCCGAGAGAGUGGGUGAUCUACUCACAAAGACCUCGACACGUCUCGCAGUUGGCGUGGGCUGCCGUGACACCGGACAUACGCAACCAGCACAUCCGUUGGCUGCGAGAGCUGAAGGCGAUGCCGGCCGAUUUGCUGCGGGUAGAUCUAGCAACGGCGGCAGCGACCCUGGUGACCAGAAUACACCGGGCAAGACGAUGGCAGUGGUCCACUCACACAAAGGCCCUGUCAAAGAUGCGAGCAGCGUUGUACAACCUCCCUCUGUAUACAAACGUGCAGAAGCCGUACGAUGUGACGCAGUCCCCGGAGUGGAGGGCGGCCGUGAGAACGGCACACCGCUUCGAGAGGGAAACGCCAGCGAACCCGCCACCCCCUAUCACCAUCGACGAGUACCGGGACGCACGCGACCACCUUUGUACGAACCCCCUUCCGCGCCUCUUCCUGAGCAUGAUGUGGGCCUUUGCCGCCAGGGCGGGAGACAUUGGCCAGUUGAGAGUGAGCGACGUUCAUCUCAACCCAUCGCAGGCCGACGAGGCACCCUCGGGAAGAUUGAGCCUGACGGUGCGCCGGGGAAAGGGUGCCCGCUUCCGCGGACCUUACACCCUGGCCUCGCACCUCCACCGCGAGGACCUUUCGGUUCUCCAGCCGUUGAUGCUCCAGAGAGGUCCACAGCAGCUGCUGUUCGCUCCACUGGGACCGAUCAAGGACAGCGUGAGAGCGGCGCUCCGCUUUGUCAAUGCGGAGGCGGCGCUUCCGUCGAUACGCAAGGGUGCUACACGAUGUCUGGCGGCCAGUACCAGGACAGAAGAGGAGGUGAUGCGGCUGACGGGCCACACGCGCAACGACACGCUCCAGAGGUAUUUGGGUUAUGGCCGCCAUCUUACGGCGGAGGCCGUGAUCGCGCAGGACAACGCGGCCCGUGUCCUCCUCGCGCCGAGAGAACGGGGGUAA